AGCAAACAAACAAAAAAUUGAAAAUGGUCGGCUGAAAUUUCCAGUUUGGCACGUGAAUUAGAUCGUUUAGUUUUUAUUUUCGUUGGAAUCAACAAGCCACCGUCAAGCUGGGUGCCAAAACGGUGGACAGGUUCCUGAGUUUAGCAGACGAUAAUUUUGUUGAAGAUGUAAAAGACGAUCUAAAAUGUUUUAUAGCAGAAAAAAGAGUUGACAGCGUGCUGGUGUUCCCACCGGUGAGCAACUACCGGCGCUUCCUGAUCCACCGUUGUGUGGAGGAGCUUGGCUGUCCAGAGCUCGCCACAUUCUCCAUUGGGGUGAGCGACGAGCGCAGGACAGUGCUCUGUUUUAGGGAGAAGAUACUCCGGGAUGAAGCUUGUGCUCUGCCGACCAUGGGAUUGACGCAGACCGAACGCGAAGAUGCCAACAUAUCACACUCGGACGCGGCGGUGGGGUGUAAGCCGGCGCGCGCGCAGCCUCAAGGAAAGAUCAGAUCUGGUCCAACAAAGCCUCGUCGCCCCGACCGCGCCGUAUACGUCCCCCGCGCGCUCCGCACCGCCGACAGCUCCGAGGACAAACCGGACCCCAAGCGACCACCAAAAGCCUCCAAGUCGCCCACCAAAGACAAGUCCCAGCCCACCACCCCCCGGCGGUCCAUCGACAAGACCUACUGCAACGUCUACACCCCCCCGCACCUCCGGAACACCAGGCCCACGGCACCCAGCAUAGACCCACCAGCGCCGACCGACUCCGUGCCUUCAGUCUGCCAAGUGCCAAAUAGUGAUAGUGCAAUAUCGUUCAGUGAUAAUAGUUAUAACGAGAUAGACGAUAGUAGUUUUUAUAUAGGAGAUUAUUUCGCCAACGGACAACUCGGGCUGUACGCGCCCGACUAUUAUAACGAUUUCGUCAGAUAUCCGACCGAAGACAACGACUGGAGGACUAAUGAGUCCGAUGUAAACAUGGCCGUACCUGAAACUAACCAGAGCAAUAUUAUAGAUAACGGAUAUUUAUAUGAUAAAGACGAGGAUGUUGAAGAGAAAGAGUUGAAGCGAGCUUCUCAAGAAAUAAAUAGAAGCAACAAGAGAAUAAUUAAACAGAGUUUCGAUUCAGAUGUUCUAGUUAUAUCCGACCCGGUGGAGGCAGAAUGCGAGAAGGAACGACCAACCGAAGCGAUUAACGGGGAAGAGAAAAAGGAACCGGAACCUAAGAAGCUAAAACCACAACUGGAAGCUAAAGUCUCAUUAAAGCGCGAGGAGAACGAUUGGGAUGCCGUGUUUGACGACAGCGGAGAAUGCCUCGACCCGUCACUGCUAGAGGAACUCACCUCAACUGUGGGCAAAGUUCACAUAAGCAAGGCAAAGAACAGUUACGAACAGUACCAGACCAGAGGCCAAGCCUUAUUCAACGGUCCGUACGACGAGACUUUCGGUCACGUGGUGGAAGUGUAUGACUUUCCUAGUGAGUUUAAGACAAACGACUUGUUCUCGGUGUUCAGUGAGUACAAGGACACCGGCUUCGAGAUCAAGUGGGUGGACGACACGCACGCGUUGAUUGUCUUCAGCAGCGCCAAAAUUGCUGCGGAGGUGCUCCGAACGCAGAGGCAGCUAGUACGGUGUCGGCCGCUGCAGGAGGCCACGCUCGAGUCCCGCAACAAAGCCAAGAAGUGCGCCGAGUUCCUGCAGCCCUACAGACAGCGGCCGGAGACGUGCACGGCGCUGGCGCGGCGGCUGGUGUCGGGCGCGCUGGGCGUGCGGCUCAGCACGGCGCGCCAGGAGCGCAUCGAGGAGCGCCGCCUCAUCACGCAAGCCAGAGAAAAGAAGCGGCAGGCAGCGCUGCACAAGGAGGCGGCGUGGGACGGCUCGCUCGCCAACACGUCCGUCACCGACACUUGAGGUAAUAAUGGCGAGCGGAAUCCAAACACUUCCCCUACUUAGAAGACGAGCUCUCAAUUAGGACAAUUCUUUCUACCGUUACUAGUAUAUAGAUAUAGAUAUUUUUUUAAAAGGAUGUUAGAGAUUAUAGCCACGCUCAAGAGGUUUCAGCCUUAAUCUAUGUGUCAUAAGGUAUAUUGUCGCGUAAUGUUAACUUCUAUCUCAAUGUCGUGAGCUUCCUAUGUGACUUAGCGUAGUUCUUUUUGUUAUUUAUGUAUACUUUGCAAGGUGUUGUGACUGUCUUGUUGUUGUCCUUUUAAUAUCCAAUCUACGUUUAAGACAAGCUCAAUAACGAUGCUAUGUUCAACAGCUUAUGAUAGCCUAUCAUAUACGUAAACAUCUCGUUUAUUAAUUAAAUAUUAAAUUUUAAUUUUUUAUUGUAUGUGUUGCAACAUACAAAUCUUAAUACAAAACCAGCUCCAUAUAAUAUCUGUAGCGUCUCUCUCGUGGAGGGAUAUCAUGCAAUACACCAAUGUUUUUACCUUAUAUAACUAUUUUAUAUUGUAUAGUAUUGUUUACACCAAAUAUUAGUAUAGUAUCUAUUAAGUUUAUUAGCAUAAUAUCUCUUUUAGAAUUAAUGUAAUUAAUAUUCAUUUUGUUGGUUCAUUGGCCAUUUCACUUAUUAAUGAAUGAAAUUAAAAAGGGACCUUAUAAUUACUCGAAUAAAAUGUUAUAAUACAUAUGUUGAUUCUAUUGUUCAGUUAAUACCAGUUUUAAGUUUUGUCACAUAUGCCAAAUAGGUAAUAAAAUUAAUAAUAAAUGAUGUGAUGCAAAAUCAGUCACACUAUUACGUCAAAAAGUGGCAGUAAUAAAAAAUCAUUAUAAAAGCAUAAUAGCGGCAUUAUAAUGUUUUAAAGAAGUAUCAAUCAGAAGUUUCUUGCCGGUCAAUAUUGGGCUACACUCCUCAAAUUGAGGAGGGACUAUCUUCUAAGAGGUGUAGGGUUAGAGCCGGUGUAGCUUUAUUUGACGUUCAUAAGCAUAUUGUAAUAUACCUACUUAUAAAAUAAACUAUCUUUAUCACAUACUACCACAUAAUUGCAUGUUUGGUAAACAUGCAAGUUUGACGGCUGCCUGCGAAGCUGAUGGUCCGGGUUUCUAAUCCCAGUAAGGCCAUUUAUUUGUGUGAUGAACACAAAUAUUUGUUCCUGACACAUGGGUGUUUUCUAUGUAUAUAAGUAUGUAUACGUCACCUAGCACCCAUAGAACAAGCUUUGCUUAGUUUGGGGCUAAGAUGAUAAAAUAAAAAAAAAACAACGGGUUGCACUCCGGGAGUGCCGGCAGAAGUGAAAACUCAAUGACAUUGUAACAGUUUUUCGAUCAGGUCACGUGUCCGUCUUACGUCGUACGAAUCAUACGGUCACGUGACCUGUCGCGAGUUUAAAAAAAUUUCCCCAUCACAAAAAGUGCACACUGCACAGCGCCGCUAAAGAAGUUUUCACUUCAAUAAAAAACAUAAAAUCAGGAAGUUAAUAGUUGGCCAGGGGAACGUAACCAAUGACAACAAUGUAAAUUCACCCAUAAGUACUAUAUUGUUGGCCGCUCGUGAAAUGGUCCUUGAACCCGAUGUUUUGUUGUGAGUUUCGUGCCUUUCGUAUCUAGUCUGGUUGUAUGUAAUGAAGGCAACAAACCUCUUGGCGUUCAAUAGAGAUAUUAGAGAAUAUUUGUAAAAACUACAGUUAUUUCAGUGGAAUGACCAAUGUAAACUGCGUUCAGUUCUAAUGAAGAUGGUUAGGGAGUUAGAAGUUGUCGAUAAGGGCACCGAAUGAGCCCUCCAAGGGAUCUUUAUGGCUGUAAUGAUAUAUCGUUGGUCUAAGCGAGGUAGCACACGGCGCCUUUAUUCAGCAAGGCCGCAAUACAGGCGCGAUGUUGUGGCUGGUCAUAUACCUUCACACACGUAAACAUGAUUCUGCAUCGUAAUAUAGCAUCAAUAUAGCCGUGUUUCCGCAUCGAUAAAACCGCAAUACAUCAUCGAUAUGGCCUUGUUUCAGCGUCGAUACAGCCGCGAUGUAGAAUUCAUUCAGACGAGGAUGUCCCUAAUCGUAGAAUGUUGAAUUAGAACGUGGGUAACAUUCGUUAUUCCUCUAUAAAUAAUAAUAUAGUCAUAUCGUAGUUUUAAAAGUUGAAGCGUGAUUUACGACUUUAAGAUCAAUGUCUCCUUUUAAAAUAGAAUAAGCUGGUAGAACACCCGUCGUAAAAUAUAUAUUUUUACAUCCGUACUCUUGUUUCUAUGACUCAUUCUUAGAUUUAGGCUAAAUAUUCUAUGGAUCGGAUCUACCUUUCAUUCAUUAAUGGUCCGACAGAAACAAAAGAUGCCCACAUCUUACUUACAGUCAAGUGUAAAAAUAUGGGUGCAUACAACUUACUCAAAAAUAUGUUCCAUAGUUCUUAAUACGCUGACAUAAGAGCUAUGGGAUAUAUUUUUGAGUAUGAUGAGUGCACCCAUAUUUAUACUCUUGACUGUAGGAUAAUAAAACGUCACAGUACCUACACAAAUCUCAGGUCCAAAUCCCAGUCGGUUUAUAACGACUUUAAAAUGUUGUGAAUAUGAUCUCCUAGUUUUUUCGAUAAUAUUUCGAUUUGAUACUGUUUACUGUCACAAUUAUAAAUAAAAUGGUUACCAGCAUUAAUGACCAAAGAUCUGAAAAUGGAUUUACAUUGAAAUUUUAAUGUUGCUUAAAUUAUCCAAAUACGAAAUAUUGAUUUUUCUAUUGACCACUAAGCGUCACUUGCACCAUUCCACUAACUCGGAAUUAACCGGUUAAACCUGGUGUUAUCGUGGUUACCAGUACAAUUUGACACUGGGUUAUCGGUUUAACCGCUUAACUCCGGAUUAGAGGGACGGUGCAAGUGGCGCUAAAUAUACUUCGCAUGCAAUGGCCUCAAAUAUGCAUGUUAAUAAUAUUGUGUAAACAUUAUAUACUGUAAAUGUGCUAGUGAAUCUAAUCCUUAAGCAAACCUCCAUUGAUUGUAUAAGACGUGUAAAAAAAUGACGUAUUGUGUUUGAUAUAAGUUGUCAGAAAUGCUAAAACGUGUUGUUAAUUUCGUCGCAUUGCGUAUAUUCUGUCAUGACGACUCAGGAGCGCACGCGCAUGCCCAUCUAUAGAAAAUCCUACAUCUAAGGCGCCAUCAUAUUUUAUGGUUACUGAAUUUUCAAACGUCAACUUUUCGAACCAAAGUCAUCAUCUUCCUCGCGUUGUCCCGGCAUUUUUGCUACGGCUCAUGGGAGCCUGGGGUCCGCUUGGCAACUAAUCCCAAGAAUUGGCGUAAGCACUAGUCUUUACGAAAGCGACUGCCAUCUGACCUUCCAACCCAGAACCAGAGUGGCCACAUAAUAUACAGAGCCGCACAGCGCCAUCUACAAUACCUGUCAAGCACGAAAUAGUCUUACACUUUUUACAUGUAAACACAAUCAAUGAAUUUUUGAUGUUUUUGCGAAGGUAUAUCCAUAUUGCCUACUAGCGCAUUUACAAUGUAUUAAAGUAAAAAAUCAUGCUUCAAAUGACCCCAUUUCCUCCUACUUCAUGCUACCGUCAUCCGAUGUCCAGACCCCCCCCCCCUAAUUUGAAAUGACGUAAUUUAUGAAUAGCCCCAAGGCAGCGUUUUUUAUAUAAACAAUUUCAUCAUAAUGUAACAGUAAAUGUUGAUAUUCGAUACAAAAUGUACGUACGCGUACGAAAUAACUUUUACUCCUAAGACGACAGUCUCAUCCUCAUUUUAAUUUGUUUUUGUUUUGACAUUUAACAAUAACACUUGAACAAUGUGCAAUAUAAAUAGGUAUCAUUUUCAUUCUCAACCAGCCGUCCUUUUUGUUAUUCUUGUAUAUCGUCGGGUGACAAGCAAAAGUCACUAAGUACUAUCAAAAAAUUAAAGUAACAAUGCACUUUAUUGCACUUGUAACACGGUUUAUUGUCCAAUAAAUUCAAUGGUGUUAGUGUCUAUUGCUUGUCCCCCGAUGAUAUUCUUUUAAGAUUAUAGUAUGUGACAGUGUUGGGCGUAAUUAAUUACUCGUGUAAUUUAAUUAGUAAUUUAAUUACAUGUAAUUGAAUUACAAUGUAAUUGAAUUACAUAAAAUUUAAUUACAUGUAAUUAAAUUUUCUGUGUAAUUUGCAAUUGUAAUUACAUUAAUUAGUAAUUAAAUUACUCAAUUACUUUUCAUUUACCUUUUUAAUAAUAUGCAAAUAUGAACAAAUUUACUUGGAGUAAUUAUAAAGAAAAACUUUUAUGAAUUCCAUAAAUUCCAUUAUACGCUGGAUAACGUUAUAACAUAUUUUUUAUCCCUGGAAUCAUACCUUUACAGGGUACUAUGUGACAAACCACGUUGAAUAUGGCGGUUGGCGCUUACGUCGCGUAGCACCGCAUUAGUAUUGGGGCGCCGCUAAUAAUGACGUAAGCGCCGACCUAAGGUGCCUUUCGGGUUGGACUGUAGCAAAGGGGGGGCUGGGACUUAGAAUUUUUUUUGACAAAGUGGUGUCAUUAUGACACUAUUUUUAAAUGAUUGUAAUGUGUAGGUCACGUCAAAAUAAGCAUCUUAUACUGAAAAAACUUUUCUCUAAAAUAAAAAAUGGCUGAGUUAGACGCCUCCAAAGAUUGAUGUUUUUAAAGGGAGCUGGGACUUAGAAAAUUUUCAUCGCGAGUGGUGUCAUUAUGACAUAUAUUUUAAAUGAUUGUUAUAGAACACGUCAAAAUAAGCUACUUUUACUUGAAAAACUUUUUUCUAAAAUUUUAUUAAGAACUGUUUUAAAACCCGUUUUUUUUCAUUUCCUCAAAAAAAAAUUCUAAGUCCCAGAAACGGCCCCCCUUUUGAUACAGUCCGCUAUUUUCAAUUUUAGAAAAAAGUUUUUCAAGUAAAAGUAGCCUAUUUUAACGUGUUCUAUCCGUUACAAUCAUUUCAAAUAUAUGUCAUAAUGACACCACUCGCGAUGAAAAUUUUCUAAGUCCCAGCUCCCUUUAAAAUCAUCAAUCUUUGGAGGCGUCUAACUCAGCCAUUUUUUAUUUUAGAGAAAAGUUUUUCCAGUAAAAGGUGCUUAUUUUGACGUGAUCUACACAUUACAAUCAUUUAAAAAUAGUAUCAUAAUGACACCACUAAAUCAGAAAAAUAUUCUAACUCCCAGCCCUCCCUUUGCUACAGUCCAACCAAAUCAACCAAAGUUAACAUUGACAAUGUUGCUUAGUCAAAUUUAAAACCAUUCAAAAUGUUCAUCUGAUUUUGGAAAUAAAGAUGAUCAAUAACUUGCAUUCUAUAAAAGUAAUUGUAAUUCAAAAAAGUAAUUAAAUUACAAAUUUCAAUUACAAAAUGUAAUUAAUAAUUUAAUUACUAAUUACAUUUUGCAAUUGUAAUUAGUAAUUAAAAUUUUAAUUACUCUCCACAUGUAAUGGAAAUUAUUUGUUGGAAUUACAUUUUGUAAUUGCAAUUGUUAAUUAGUAAUUCAAUUACUUUUUGCCCAACACUGGUAUGUGAUAGCGUUCCACGGAGACACUGAGUAAGUCUCUCAGGCUAUUGUUAUUUACAAUUUACCAACAGUUUGUUUUCAUAAAUACAUGAAGCAUUCAAAGCGCUAUAAGGUUUAUAAAUUAUGAUUUUGAACUUUAAAGCAAAGUGAUUGGGUUCAAUUUAGGUCACCCGUCUGCCCGUUGAAGGGUUAAAUCCUACUAAUGAAACUAAAAAACCUUUGAAAAUGUCAACUACUAAGCCAAAUGAGCUUACACUAAACUAAAAGUAGGUACAUGUAAGCUUUUUAUUUUGUCUUUGCUUACUAAGAAAAAAAAAGAUAUACAUACUUAUACGUAAUUAAUUUGGCUGCCAAUUCGAUGGUAUUUUAUCAGUUUAAAGGCGCAAUAAUAAAUUUCCUCGUAUGAGGCCUAUUUUAGUGCUUUUGAGUAUAAAAAUUCAAAAGUAGAAUUUAUUUUCUAAUUGUACAAGUACGCCGCACAUACAAGUCACGAAAAAACUCAGAUACAAGCUUGUACUGUUUCCGUGGAACCUCCCACCCUACUCUAUUACAGAUGUAGGUACCGAUGAAGCCUUACAAACCCCCAGAAAGACGUAAAAUAUCUAUUUAUGGUACAUCGAUAUGCGAUCUGUGUGUACAAAGGCAGAAAACGAUAUUUUUGUAAUAACGAACAGUUAUUGUGAAAUGAUAUUAUUAUUACGUAUAAUAAAUAUUGUCUGAUUGACCAAA